UGACGCCAGCGAGGGGCGGGUUAUCAACAACAGAGUUGGUCUGUGAAGCUAACUGAGGGAGAGGGCUCGAGUGUUGUUUUGAAUUUACGAUAAGACACCGACUGGAAAGGGGGGCUAGGGCCUGUGGAUAAGAUGGCGGAUGUAGGAGACGAUGAAACUCGGUCGGUUCUCCCUGCGGCAUCCCGUAACGGUCCGGCCGUCGGUUCGUCUGCGGGCACCGCGGGCCAUAGCACAGCUAGCAUCACGGUAACGUCCGGUCCGCGGACCGUGAGGAUCGUCAAGUCCGAGUCUGGCUACGGCUUCAACGUCCGCGGUCAAGUCAGCGAAGGAGGACAGCUUAGGAGCAUCAACGGGGAACUGUACGCUCCUCUGCAGCAUGUCAGCGCUGUACUGCCCGGAGGUGCGGCAGACCGAGCCGGGAUAGCAAAGGGUGACAGGAUCCUGGAGGUUAAUGGGGUGAGUGUGGAAGGUGCCACCCAUAAGCAGGUGGUGGAUCUGAUCCGUGCAGGGGAGAAGGAGCUGGUCCUGGCGGUUCUGUCUGUCCCAGCUCAGGAGGCUGAUGGACUGGAAGGAGGAGAGGAGGUCCAACCCAACUAUGACUACAGUGACAAGCAGGCAGUGCCCAUAUCUGUUCCCACAUACAAACAUGUAGAGCAGCACUCAGAGAGAUUUGUGGUGUACAACGUGUACAUGUCAGGUAGACAGCUGUGUUCAAAGCGCUACAGGGAGUUUGCCAUCCUGCAUCAGAACCUAAAGAGGGAGUUUUCCAACUACAACUUCCCAAAGAUUCCUGGUAAAUGGCCCUUCUCCUUGUCUGAACAGCAACUGGAUGCACGCCGUAGAGGCCUGGAGGAAUAUCUCGAGCGAGUUUGCUCUGUGCGGGUGAUCGGGGAGAGUGACAUCAUGCAGGAGUUUCUCUCUGAAUCAGAUGAGAACUACAAUGGAGUGACGGAUGUGGAGCUGCGGAUAGCUCUGCCAGACAACACCACCAUCUCUGUCAGAGUCCGCAAGAACAGCACCACAGACCAGGUGUACCAGGCAUUAGUGAUAAAGGUUGGAAUGGACAGUAUUAUGGCAAGCUACUUUGCCCUUUUUGAAGUCAUCAACCACACCUUUGUGCGGAAGCUGGCACCUAAUGAGUUUCCCCACAAGCUUUAUGUGCAGAAUUACACGUCGGCCGUGCCGGGGACUUGCCUGGCGCUCCGCAAAUGGUUGUUCAGCUUUCAGGAGGAGGAGUUGCUAAGAGACAACCCGCUGGCACUGCACUACUGCUUUCACCAGGCAUUGGAAGAUGCGAAGAAGGGAUUCAUAAAGACAGAGGACAAGUCCUACCAGCUGCAGAAACUGGCAGAGCAGCGCAAGAUGGCCACGUACCUGAGUCUGUUGCGGACAUGUGAGGGCUAUAACGAGGUGGCGUUCCCCCACUGCUCCUGUGACUCUAGGAGGAAGGGACAUGUCAUCACAGCCAUCAGCAUCCAUCACUUCAAGCUGCACGCCUGCACCGAGGACGGCACACUGGAGAACCAGGUGAUAGCUUUUGAAUGGGCCGAGAUGCAGCGCUGGGAUACUGAUGAGGAGGGGAUGGCUUUCUGCUUUGAAUACGCCAGAGGAGAGAAGAAACCUCGCUGGGUCAAGAUCUUCACUCCAUACUUUAACUACAUGCACGAGUGCUUUGAGCGAGUCUUUUGUGAGCUGAAGUGGAGGAAACAGGUUGAGGAAGAGGCAUCUGACAAAGACAACAAAAACUGCAGUAACAAUGAGUAUCUGCCUCCUCUGGAGACACAGCAGAAGGGAUGGCGCCACCUAGGGGGAGAGAUCGCAACUUCCUAAAAAUCAUUUGUCAUCACUCGAACUAGAACUGGUCCACUUGCAUCUUCACAGCCACCCCAGAGAGCGCCCAUUGAAAAACACAGAACUGAUUGACAGACUGAGGCGAUCCAUGCCCCGAAAAACAAACUGGAAGUGACCGACUUUGGGAAAAUUGGAAUUGACACACUUAUCUGACCCCAGGGAUACACACAGCAAGAAGAGCAACGAAGGAAAAUAAACAAAAGCCAACUUUCAUGUCAUUUAGUUGAUCUACGUAGCGUGUCUGUUUUCCUCCAUGCUUCUGCCCUGUGAUGUUUGAGGACACAAGCAAAUUCUCGCCACCUGGUUGAGCUGUAACAUGCAAACGAUGUGUGACCAGGCAGGGUCCGCACAGCGCUGCGGCACCUUCUGCGCAAAGGCAGCACCUCAAUGAACCGCCAUCUGACAAAGGAGCUGACGUGUGAUAUGAUUGUCCAAAUCGAUCGGCUCAGACCGAUCCAGCCCGAUCCAGCAAGACCCUCGGCUUCUGAACGAAGCUGAGAUGAUAAAUAUGAAUGAUGAGAUACAGAAAAAUGGCUUUUAGCAGGUAGUGAUAAAGAAAUAAAGCAAAAUCAUGCUUUACACCGGUGAUGGACAUUAACUCAAAAAUAAUGUUUUGUGUCUGUAAGGUCAGAAUAUUGUCUGUCAGAAAGCGUGGUCGACUAACUGAAAAUGUAUGUUGGGGGGGUUCAUAAUUAUGUGUAUGUUUAACAAUCUUAGUUCUGACAAAAUAUAGAUUAAUAUAAAGCUCUAAUAAUUGGUUUCUUGAUCUAACAUGAGGAAACACUAACAGCAUACAAGCUGCUCUAACAAAUCUCUUUUCACAUUUUGUUCUGGCCUAGCGUACUCUACCCACAGAAAUACGUCUGUUGGCAGUCUGCCAUUAAUGUCAGUAUGUGUAUUUAUCACCCUCGCAAGUGUUUGUUUAUUGUGGUGAUUUUGCAGAGCUUGUAAGUUGAGGAAGAGGCAUUCUCUUUGCAGAGAUGAUCUCUUGGAAAACAAGGUUGGUGGGCCAAAAUGUUUUGAAAUGGCACAGGUUCUGACCCACAGAUUGUGAAAAUGAAAAUAGGACAGGAGAGUUUUCACUCUCGUGCUGCAGUUUUCUGAACAGGCAGCAGAGAGCAGCAGAGUGUGAGACAGAUUUAGUGGAAGGCUUUGAGCAGAUAUAGAAAUCUUCUUAGAGCUUCUUAAAGAGUGAUCCCUCGGGCACUGUAACUCACCCAAAAGUAUCACUCCUGUGCAGCUCGUCCAUUAACCAUGUCAGGAGGACAGAUGGUGUGUGUGUAUGUGUGUUGUACAGAGAAUAGAUGGCGCAUAAAGUUGUGCGACUGCGACCACAACCAUUAGAAUACACAGCAAUGCAAGCAGCUGUCUGCCUCCUAAUGCACCUGCAUUGGUACAGUAUUAGUUGUGUGUAAAUGCUCAUGACGUAUGAUUUCAUGACACACGACACAGAUUUUCUUUGUGUUUUAGAGCAGCAUUUUACACAAAUAUAACAGUUUUUUUUUCUUAUCACAGAUGUUCUGUUUCCCAAAUAUGUUUGACUCACUUUAAAUGUGUAGACUGAAGAUUGACAUGCUGACAAAAAAAUCUGGAUGGAAACAGUGUGCUGAAAUGUGUUGAUUUCACCUGAAAGCAAUAGAGUUUGUAUUUCCCCCUAAUGCUUAGUAGUUUAUCUUGGCUCAUUCAAUACUGACUCAUUCUUAACAUUCACUCACGGUCUGGCAACAACCAAAGACCUGAAGUGGAGACUGAUGUUUUUUUUUUUCACACUUACUUUUAGAGCAUAAGUUCAAGUUUCACUGGCGUAAAAAUAUAUACAUUUAAAUAUUUUUUUUCUCAGGUUUAGCUUAGAUUUACGUUCAAUAAAUGUUUUAAUUCAUGCCGAGGUUUAGUCAUAAUUUCAGUCAGUUAACUUGGAGCAUGCUUUUUGAGAGUGUGUGUGUGCUGUUCGUGUAUGCGUGUGUCCUCUAUGUUUAUCAUUGCCAUUGCUGAUAAGCUUUUAGGCUCUGAUUGGACGUGUUUGACAAGCUGUCGGUGAAAGAGCCUGAAAAUAAAGAUGGUGUUUUGUAUCUGUAUGACAGCAGAGACGCCAGACAGAUGGAGACAAAUAGGAGGCGUCUCCGGUUGUUUAGCUAACAUUUACAGCCGCUCACAAACACACACAUGCACAUCUCCGUCUCCCUGCUGCGCUGCGUUUAUGUUUUGACAAAAUUGUGUAACAAGGAAAGAUAUAUAGUUUGUUAUGUGUCAUCUAGUGGUUGCCGCUUAGGACAGGCCUCAGUUAUACAACAGCUUAAGGCAAUAUAUGUAUGUGUAUGUUUUACAAGCACAGCGCAGAUAGCUGAAUUGUAAAAGAAAUCGCAAUGGAUGGUCAUUCUGACAGCCAGAGUAAUAGCCAAUUUAGAGAUGGAUGACAUAAGAAUUGGAGUUAUUCAACCAUGAUGGUGAUUAUUUUUUCCUUUGUGAGACGUAGAGAGAGAGGCAAAUAGAGGCGGUGUUACUGUGUGUUGGCUUUGCUGUCCUUCGGCUCGUUCUUGUGUCCAGGUUGGUCUCCCGUCCUUACAGGAGGAUGUGGUUGCCGUGGCAGCACCACGUUGGCUCAACACACUAGCCUCUGUUCCUUUUAUUCCUCUCAGCCAACUGACUCACUCCUCCCAAUAAUGUAUUCAAAGCAGUGUUUUUUGUGUUUGAUGUUUGUUCUCUGUCCCUGUGGCUCAUGCUGCUGUGAAUAUGCUUUUAGAAAGCUGCUGUUCUUUUUUCUGUGUUUCGGUUUGACUUGUCUGCGCCAGGUGCCAUCUUCCGCUCAGUCACAGACAGGUGUAUGUGUGUACUGCUGUCGUCCGUUUCUGCCACCGGUGGGUUAAAUGUCAUCGUAGCAGUGUUUAGGUGAGAGCAGAGGGAUGACAGGAAUGUUAAGAAGCACGUCUUUGUAUGGUUGGCCCGUGUUUGUGAAUCAGUGUACGCUGUGCUGUGGGCUACCUGUGUUUGUGUUUGAGAUGCUGGACAGCCUUGACUUGUAAGUGACUUAUUCUCAAAAAGAUGGUAGAAUCCCCUGCAGGACAUAGCAGAUAACGAAUGUUGGAUGGCACAGAAAACACGCUGGAAUCCGAAUAAAGUGAACAUGUCCAUGUGUGCACCAUGGAGGCUGAAGAGUUUGUGUGCAUCACGAUGCUCCUUUUGUAAAAUGCUUUCGCUACAGUAACACAUCUGUUUUUAGAGUGUGUGCCAAAUCGGCACUGAUUUCCAUCAGAUCAGUCAGUGGCAGACAUUUCGUAUGCUCUUUGGUUCGUUUGAAUUCUACAGCAUUUCAGACACAGAGUUCAGUGUUUGAACUGGCAUUUAUGAGGCGGCUCAGUCAGUCUCUUUCCUUUGACACUGUUGCUUCAGUCGGAGCCGCUAUGUUUAGUCUUCAUCAGCGCUUUUGUGCCGGUUUGAUGUUUGUUGACCUCUGAAUAACACAUCUGACUUGGAGGGCAUUAGCUGCUGGCUCUUCCAUUUCGGAUCCUGGGUCAUUUCAUGACUAACAUGAAGAGUGGAUGUGAGUGCAGUUUUAAAAAGUGUUAGCCUUUGUGUAAUUAAUUUUGUGUCCAUUGCUUUGAAACACAGGGUUUUCCAUCGCAAGUAGGCAGUGACAUUAAUUAAAAACCUAAGCCUUGUUUGUCUGUCUUCAGCAUAACCUGUAAAUAGUUGUUUUAAGAAGAAAAAGAGAAAAAUCUCUUGGACAAAAUGCACUCUUGUUUCUCCAACGCAAAACUUUUAUUUAUUUAAACAGAAAUUAGAAAUAUUGGGGAAAUUAAAGUGUACAAGGCUGGAGCCACCGUUGAUCAUUAAUUUUGUGCGUGGGGAACAGCUGAAUGGAAGAUGAUCUAACUACACAAGCUGUUUAAAGCACAGGCAGCAUCUAAACACAUCAUCAAUUAACACCUGAUGUGGAACUAGCCUACAAAAUGGAAAUUUUAUAUCUUAAAAAAACACAUGAAGGUUUACUAACCAAUAUAAGAAAAAGGAAAAACGGUUUGAAAAUGUUGUGUAGAGUAAUAAAUUGUUACAAUAUUUUAAAUAAAGUUAUAUAUUGGGAAACAAA